AUGGUGGAGAAUACAUAUCCAGACCAACUAGCCGAGAAAGAAGGUGCCAUCGACGCCAUGCACCAGGAGCAUAAGGAGGGUGUCAAGGUUGAGACUGUUCAGGGCUCACUGGCUCUCGACGUAGCCAGGCGGACCAACCCUCCGAACCCCUGGAGCGUUCAAAUGAGAAAGCUAUAUUCGUUUUUGAUUGUAGCAUACCUUUGCUCGGCUGUAAAUGGAUUUGAUGGUUCUCUUAUGGGCGCUCUGCUUCCCAUUAAGCAAUUCCGUGAAACCUUUGGCUCUGGCUUGGUCGGUUCUAAAGCCUCCUUGAUCCAGGGUAUGUACACAAUUGGAGGUGUCUCCGCGCUGCCAUUUGUUGGAGUGUUCCUGGAUACUUGGGGCCGACGAUGUGGCAUGUUCACUGGAUCCUGCGCUGUCAUCCUGGGCACAAUUCUUGGUGGUACUGCCAACCACAUGAAUCAAUUGCUCGCUAGCCGAUUCUUCCUUGGAUGGGGAUACUCCUUAGCCUCCUCUGCUGCACCCGCCUACGUCGUCGAGAUGAGCCAUCCUGCCUACCGUGACAUUUUGACCGGGCUGUACAAUUGCCAGUACUUCAUUGGCGCUAUUGCCGCUGCUGGUGCUUGUCGCGGAUGCCUGAGGUUUGAGAGUUCGCUCGCAUGGCGCAUCCCCAUUUGGUGCCAGUUGAUUUCGUCCAGCAUAGUGGUCCUAACUGUUUGGUUUAUCCCCGAAUCACCUCGCUGGCUUUAUAGCCAUGGGCGCCGGGAGGAAGCCUGGGAUGUCAUUACCAAAUAUCAUGGAGAGGGCUCUCGGGAUAAUGCCUAUGUUCAUCUGCAGGUCCGAGAAUAUGAAGAGGCGAUCAACCUCGAAGGGACAGAUAAGAAGGCAUGGGACUUCAGAGGUCUGAUAAACACAAAAGCUGCAAGAUGGCGCCUCUUGUGUGUGGCUAUCGCAUCUUUCAUGAGUCAGUGGGCGCAGGCUGGCAUCACGACCUACUACAUUGGCGGACUUCUAGCCACAGCUGGUAUCACCGAUACAACACGAGUAUUGAACGUCAAUCUUGGCAACACGAUUCUUUCUGCUGGCUUAGCCUAUCUGGGAGGUUACUUGGGCCCCAAAAUUCGACGCAGACCUAUGAUGAUUGGCGCGUCUAUUGCUUGCACUAUCUGUUUUGCGAGCCUAUCAGCCACUACCGGGGUGCACGCAAAGACACAGGAAACAGGAGCAGCCAAUGCUUCUAUUGUGUUUAUCUUCUUGAUUGGCGCUUGUUUCAGCUUCGGCUGGACCCCAUUGCAGGCUAUGUAUGCCGUCGAAUGUCUGUCCUACGAAACUCGGGCCAAGGGCAUGGCCAUGUACUCUGUCUUCACCAAUAUUGCCUUGCUGGUGAAUCAGUUUGGAUUCGGAAAUGCUAUCGGUGUCAUUGGCUGGCAUAUAUACAUCAUCUUGGCCUGCUGGAACAUCGUCCAGGGAGUGUUUAUCUACUUCUUUGCUGUUGAAACCAACAAUCGAACCCUUGAAGACCUCACGGAGAUAUUUGAAGCCCCCAAUCCCCGAAAGAAGAGUACGGAAUCACAACAGGUCUUAGUUUCUGAUACUGCAAACAAUGUGGUGGAAGUCAAGUGUGCAUAG